AUGCCCGAAAAAUGGUGGUCUACUUCCUACAAAACGUCUAAUGGAUAUUUUGGUUGUGAAACUACCCGUCAAGCAGGGGUUGUCACAGGCUUUAAUACAUGGGCAUACUUUGAAAUAAAACAUGUCCGAGCCAACUUGACGUACGACUGGAUCAAACUGAACAUCUUCACCCGAUGGGUAGCUUCCACUAAUCAGACAAUUCUGUUUCUUUUCGACCCGGCACUGUCCAUACAGGAGUUAAUUCUCCAGUCGCUAUCGAAUUCACCACCUUCUCACUCUCAGUCGAGGAUUCCAUUUUGGCCCUACUCGCACGCCUUCGAGAUUAUAGCCAACCUCGAAGAGGCCGCCGUUUGGGCGAUCCGGAACCAAGUGAGGGCGAUUGAAAAAGAGACAAAUCCAGCUAUAGCCCGACGACCAGAUUACAGGAGAAUGCACGACAUUGCCCGCCACGCUAUACAUGUCAACGAGAAUCUGGAUGUCUCGGUACAGAAUAUUGAGACUAUCCUAACCCACUACGCUCUUUAUAUGAUAUCAAAACGGGAAGAGUCAUACUUGGGCGCAGACGAAGACAUCCGUAAUCAACUAGAAUUCUUUCGAGGCUAUAUCGCAAAUCUACGCCAACGCUCAUCUUCCAAUGAGAAGCGGCUUCAGAACGAGAUCCAAUUAGCCUUCAAUACUGUCGCCCAGGCUAAUGCGGAAACCUCUGUGGAGAUAGGUCGUGCCGCACAGAUCGACAGUUCGGCCAUGAAGACGAUCGCAUUUGUCACACUCACCUUUCUCCCGCCUACUUUUAUCUCGUCGAUUUUUAGCAUGUCAUUCUUCCAGUGUGGGGACAAUGGCUGGGGCAUGUCAAACAAGUUUUGGAUUUAUUGGGCGGUUGCUGUUCCAACAACCAUUGCCACGGUCCUGAUUUGGCGGUACUGGCAUAAACUUGUUCCCAGUUUUCAUCACAAGCCAAUGGGGGUUCCUAGGUCUAAAGAACGGGUAUAA